AUGUCGCUAGUUGCAGGCCCGGGCAGAGGCGGUGCGCUCGACGGACAGCUCCCCGAUGAGCUGCAACUCGUCGCCGAAAAGCACGUGGCCUAUAUCCAAAAGCUAGACACUCGCAGAGAUGAACUCGAAUACCACCUCACCGAACACCUUCGCCUCAGCGGCAUCUACUGGGGCCUCACAGCCCUUCACCUCCUCCACCGUGCCGAUGCCCUCCCUCGCGAUGGUGUGCUAGACUUUGUGCUCAGCUGCCUGCAUGAGAAUGGUGGCUUUGGUGCGGCGCCAGGGCACGACCCGCACAUGCUGUACACUAUCUCCGGAGUCCAAAUCCUCGCAAUGGUGGACGGAUUUGACGAACUAGAGAAGAGGGUGACAGACGGCAAGAGGAAGAUAGCAGAUUUCGUCGCCAGCCUGCAACAAGUGAACGGGACCUUUGCCGGAGACGAAUGGGGCGAGACGGACACGCGCUUCCUUUAUGGCGCUUUGAACGUGCUAUCCUUGCUCGGCUACCUACCGCAUCAACGUCCGAACGAAGAGCCCGCACUUAUCGACGUCAAAGCCGCCAUUGCACACAUUAAAGCCUGUCAGAACUUCGACGGAGGCUUUGGAGUGGCCCCCGGCGCGGAAUCACACUCUGGACAGAUCUUUACAUGCCUGGCCGCCUUGAGCAUCGCGGGAGAACUCGACUCAUAUCUCGGAGAGGAAGGAAAGGAUCGACUCGGAGCAUGGCUGAGCGAACGACAGUUAGAUGACAGUGGAGGUCUCAACGGACGACCGAUGAAACUGGUGGACGUUUGCUACAGUUGGUGGGUGGGCAGCAGUCUGGCCAUGAUCGAGCGCCUGCACUGGAUUGAUAAGAAGAAGUUGGCGACGUUCAUCCUGCAGUGUCAAGAUCCGGUUGAAGGGGGAGUUGCUGACCGACCUGGCGACAUGGUGGAUGUAUUCCAUACCCAUUUUGCGAUUGCUGGGUUGAGUUUGCUGGGCUACCCCGGGGUUGGCGAGGUGGAUGCCACUUAG